CCAAGCCGACGUGUGUGUUACGUGUUAACACUUGCGUCCCGGGCCAGCUUGCGGACUUCACCUGUCCGUCGCCCACCCCGUAAGCAAAGGAGUACUCCGUUCCGGCGAGUUCGUCACCAUGUCGGGUUACCUCAAAGCUCUGACGUCAGCAGCCUCCGCCGCCGCACGGUGCCGACCCCCCGCUGUGCUCUCACCGGCCGCCGUCUGCUUCCGUCGACAGCAACGGAGGAACCAUGCCACAAGGCGCAUCAAGGCGGCCCAACCGGUGGUGGAGAUGGACGGCGAUGAGAUGACUCGCAUCAUAUGGGAGUUCAUCAAAGAGAAGCUCAUCCUGCCACAUGUGGACGUUGAGCUGAAGUACUUUGACCUCGGUCUGCCCUACCGGGACCAAACAGACGACCAGGUCACCAUCGACUCGGCCGUGGCGACUAAGAAAUACAACGUGGCUGUGAAGUGUGCCACCAUCACGCCGGACGAGGACCGGGUCGAGGAGUUUAAGCUAAAGAAGAUGUGGAAAAGUCCCAAUGGAACCAUUAGGAACAUCUUGGGAGGCACCGUUUUCCGCGAGCCGAUCCUCUGCAGAAACAUCCCUCGUCUGGUUCCCGGAUGGACACAAGGCAUAACAAUCGGCAGACACGCUUUUGGCGACCAGUACAGGGCCACAGACUUUGUUGUCGACCAGCCUGGCAAGUUCAAGAUGGUGUUUGCCCCGAGCGAUGGAAGCGAGCAGAAGGAGUGGGAGGUGUAUGAUUUUCCAGCCGGGGGCUGUGGGAUGGGAAUGUACAACACUGAUGAGUCCAUCACCGGAUUUGCUCACAGCUGCUUCCAGUAUGCCAUCCAGAAAAGAUGGCCUCUGUACAUGAGCACCAAGAACACCAUCCUCAAGGCCUACGACGGGCGCUUCAAAGACAUCUUCCAGGACAUCUACGAGCGGGAGUACAAGCCCGAGUUCGACAAGCUGAAGAUCUGGUACGAGCACCGUCUCAUUGACGACAUGGUGGCCCAGGUCCUCAAGUCUUCCGGAGGGUUUGUUUGGGCCUGCAAGAAUUACGAUGGAGACGUGCAGUCGGACAUUCUGGCUCAGGGUUUUGGAUCUCUAGGCCUCAUGACAUCCGUGCUGGUGUGCCCUGACGGAAAGACCCUCGAGGCCGAGGCUGCCCACGGCACGGUGACCCGGCACUACCGCGAGCACCAAAAGGGGAGACCAACCAGCACCAACCCCAUCGCGAGCAUCUUCGCUUGGACCAGAGGACUGGAGCACAGAGGCAAACUGGAUGGAAAUCCUGAUUUGAUAAAGUUCUGCCAGACGUUAGAACAAGUCUGUGUGACCACUGUGGAAAAUGGUGUGAUGACCAAGGACCUUGCAGGCUGCAUCCACGGCUUGGCCAACUGCAAGCUGGAUGAACAUUAUGUGAACACAUUGGACUUCCUUGACGCUAUCAAGACCAAGUUGGACAAAGUUCUGAAUAAAUGAAAAGUAAUAGGAGGACACACCUGCCGACGUAGAUUGUAAACACUUUUUAUCCUUUGUUUCUAUAAAUCUUUGAAUUAUGUUUUGAAGGAAACAACUUUACUUGACAUUUUUGUACAGUUCACUCACACUGCUCAUGCCAUGCGGUGCAAUUAAAAGGUACCACUGUACGAAUCGUUAUUAAUUGAUUUUAACAAGACGUUCCCUGAAAAUACCUUCUCAUUUAAUUAGAGGGUAUCAUGAGGGAACAGAUUGUACAAUAAUAUGUUUUGCACCAUCAGCAUGAAUAUAAAAAAAAUAAAUGGUGAGUCAAAAACAUCCAGUGUAACACGUCAUUCAGUCCUUAUCUUCAUCUGUAAUACUUUUCAGUGCUGUUAACCCUAACGAAACAAAAUGCAAUUAUUAUGUGGGAGGUUAGAUGAAUGUUCUAUGAUGACCCGCCACUUGGAUUGGUUGAACAGAUUGAGGGGAUUUGAUUAAAUGUAAGGUGACAGAGAAUUUUUGCUUCAGCUUAUUAAAAUAUUUUUCAGUUUUUGGAGAUGUCAGAAUGGAACGAAUCUGUGUCACCAGUGGUCAGCGUUGAGCCAGAUUGAAUGGGUUUGGUCAAUGCUGUAAGACACCAGCAGAUGUCGACAUGGUCAGCCACUCAGUCGUGUGCGGAAGGCUUCAUUGUGCCGCCUUAAUGGAUGCAAUGGUGGCUUUAACCUCAUCUAAGAAUAAAGUGCAGAACAGCAGA